GUGGGGCUCCUGCAGCAUUGUAUUGUAUAGGUGACAACAGAAAAAUUUUCAGUCUCUUUCUCUCUCUCUCUCUCUCUCUCUCUCCCUCCAAUGGAGGUAGUACCCUCUGAUGUAGACAUAGGAAGAGAGGUAGACUUAUUUCCUAACAUCUCCAGCCUGGGCUUUCCGCCCAGAGCCAUAACUCGAAAACUAACAGGAGAGAAGAAGAGCGGGGAAUGGAUAGUAGCCUAUCAAGCAGAGCAGAGGAAGAGAUUGAAUACGACGCUAGUCCCUGCUCAAAGCUCUAAGCAGUGGUACGGGGCAUCAGCCACAUUGACUAAUAACAGCAGGAGACUUUCUGUACCUAAAAAUACUCCAGCAUCUUUCAGUGCUAAAUUUAAAAGAACACUUAAUAACUCACUACUGAUGAAGAUAGGCUAUGUUGACAGGUGUCAAGAUCUCAGUAUUAUAAAUGUCAGUGGAAUAGACUUGGAAUCGUAUUCGGAUCAAUUGUUCUUCCAGUUUGUGAAUCUCAAUUCAAUCAACGCUUCAGACAAUGUCCUACCACUAGAGGCAUUUGAGAGAUUCCCAGCUCUACAAGAGUUAGAGCUUUCACUAAAUAACAUCACUAACAUUGACAUAUCAUUGAACACGUUCACUAAACUCUCAACCCUUGAUCUCUCUUAUAAUAAUCUAUCCAGCUCUGCCAUCACAUCACUAGGGAAGCUACCAGGGCUAAAGGAACUACGAUUAACUGGUAAUAAUUUGGUAUAUCUUCCUAUUGAGAUGUCACAGUUACAGCAAGUGAAUACAACAGGAAACAAGGAUCAACAGAUGCAGAUUAGCUUUCCAAAUCUUGAGAAGUUAUGGCUUGAUGAUAAUCAUUUAUCUGAUACUGGCACCUUUGCAAUUCUUGCUGGACUUAGAAGGCUUCAGUAUUUGAAUCUUGAUGAUAAUCAGCUCUCAUCCAUACCACGCCUAAGACUAUUGGGUACUAGCUCCUUACGCUUGUCAUCUCAUCGCAGCCUCUCAGGGGAAGCAAUUGGAACUGGUAAAGGAGAAGAAACAGGAACAUCACCAGGAGGAGGAGGAGGAGGAGGGGGAGGAGGAGGAGGUAAUGGAGGAGAAAGACCAUCCUCAUCUCCUUCUCUAUCUCCAUUCCCUGCACUACACACACUGAGUCUCAUUGAUAAUAUGAUUGUGUCUUCUGAGAAUUUAGUUCCAUGUUCUUCAUGGCCAUCAUUAAAGAUUUUAAUUAUAACUGGUAAUCCAAUAGUCAGCCUAAAUAAAGGUUUACCAGUAAUGCUUGAUCACGAGUUAGUAAAACUAAGCGGCAUCAACAUUAUAAGAACUAAAGCAAGUCCUGCUAAGAAAGAGAGAGCAAUAAUUGGUACUAAAGCAAAAGAUUUUAUUAAAGUAUCAUUAGCUCCUCCUCCAACUAUCCCAAAGAAGCCAAUCCUUCUAGCAUUGGAACCUCCUCAUUCCUCCAUGAGCAGUAGAGAAGGAGAUUAUGAUAAUGAUAAUGAUUAUGAUGACUUCAAUAUGGAUGCAUUCUCUGAGCCAUCGAGCAUAACAGAGUCUAGCAUAAUUACUAAUGAAAGGGACUUUACUAAUGAUAGAGAGGGAGAGGGAGGAGGGGGAGAAAGAAGAAGUGGACCCAAUAUCUUUAUGACACAAGUACAAAAUGAAGAUAAUGAAGAGAUUCCUCCAAGAUCUCAAUCAACUGAUAGUAAACAAACUGAACAACAACAACAACAACAACAAUCAUCCUCACCAGUCAAUCAACAAUUAGAAGAUCCUGUUCCAUCACAAACUGCAGUAUCACUCCUCAGUGUAGAGGAGGAGUUCAAAAAGAAACAAAUAGAGACAGCAAAACGAUUUAAAGAUCUACCAGUUAAAUAUAAAGGAUUUGAGUCAUUAAUGGAGUCAAGUGAAGAUGAGCUUUAUUAUGAUAGACCACCUUUACCAGCUAAUGCUCACAGUUGUGCUCAGGCCCUGAGACAUGCUCUAAGGAAUCCAUUACUACUAACUAAUGCAUCCACUGCAUCAAGAACAAGAUCAACUGAUAAUGAUAAUGACACCAUUGAAUCAAUGCAAUACUUGAAGAAAUCACCAGUUCAAGAGGUUUAUGAUGACAAAGCAGCUGUGAGUAGAAAACAAGAACUAAUACAAACUGUACUGACUGAUGUGAAGACUAAUGAGGUUACCAUAGAAACAAACCUAGCAGACAUGCUAGAGUCAAGAUACGUGAUAAAAACUGAUGAGUCAGCAAAUAAUAAUAAAGAAACUAAGAGAAUUACAAGAGAAGGAGGGAAACUGUUGAAAAAAUUGCAGGAUAAGUUUGAUAGUGUAUGUGAGAGUUCACUGGAGGCUAUUGAUGCACUUGAAAGUAUUCAAAGAAUAACAAGAAGUGGAGGAACAGAAUCAUAACAUUAAUGACAUGUACA